AUGGCCAAUACUUCCUUCCAAACGGACGUCAACGAUGUCCCAGAUGAUCAGACUACGGGACAAUUGAUAGAUUCCAUAUGCAAUACAUGCCAGUUGUUACAUAAUAAUCAACCAAAGAGGAUCAACUCGAAACUGAUCUUCAAAUUGGUUCAUUCGUUUCGGUUCCUAAAUUAUAACGUUCUCCCAGCAGAAAAUAAAAAAUUGUUAUCCUUGAACAAUAUCGACAUUUUCACCCCCAUCUUAAACCUCCCAGAUGACAGCAUACCAGAGAAAUUCGAUAUUAUCGCCAUCCUAUUCGCAUACUGCUCCAUUAGAAGUGAAUUACACCCUCUAAUAAUAAAUUCAUUGGACUCUCUUAUAAAUCAUUUAAGGGACUCUUAUGAUUCUACUAAUGGCAUCGUAAACUCAGACAUAUUCGGCAUGUAUACAAUUGUUUCAUAUGUGGAACAAUUUGAUGAAAUUUCACCGCAAUUAUUACAAUUUUUACAGUUAAAUCUUAGAGAUACACUAAUACAUCAAUGGAUACCCCUUUGGCAGAAUUAUAAAGAUUCCAUACCACUACAAUUAUCUAAUUUUGAACAAAAUAGUAAUGAAAUUACUUCUUUAUUAAUGAAUAACUCUAAACUGGAUUUCUUUAUUGCAACUUCUAUUGAUAAUUUAUUCAAUAAACAAGAGCAAAAUGGGGAAAAAUCGUCUUAUAUCAUUUAUCAAAUAACUAAAAGAGUAAUACUUUUAAACCAUUGGAUACCAAAGGAUAUAUACCAAAUCGCCACGGAUAUAAUAAUCUCCCAUGAGGUAACCUCCGCUUCUACUUCCACUUCUCUUCCCACUGUGUCCUCAUCACAAUCCUCAUCAAAACCAAUUAAACACGAUCUUCUAUUUAAUUUACAAAUAAUAAUGGAAUUAAUCGAUCACCCAGAAUUGAAUUAUUUGGAGGAACCACGAUUAAUAUUACUCUUACAAGUUUCAUUACAAAAACUAUCUACUCUUUCAGUAAAGACACUUCAUGAAAUUGUUAAUAAAUCAGGUAGUACACAAACUUUAUCUGCCAUCUUUAAUAUGACACAAUUUCUUUUAACGAAAUUUCUAGUCAAGAUGGAAAACAUAACAUCAUCAUCAUCCACUUCAAAUUUAACCUUGAAAAAAGAUUAUAGUAUCCCUGAUUGGUUUCAUGAUGCAAUUAUACCAUCCAUUCCACCAAUUUCUAAAUCUUUAUUCAUAUUCGAUAAUGAUACUUUAGAAAAUGAAUCAGAAUCUAACAAACUUAAAUUCAUUGUUGAAUCGUUGUUAAAUUCAUUGAAUUCAACUAUAAUUAUUAAUAAAAAAAUAUUAUCCCAAUAUAAUUCGUUGAAUUUAAAUCCACUAACAUUAACAUCAUCUUCUACACCUUCAACUGUAAAGUUACUAAUCAAGGAGAAAUAUAUGGAAUUAUAUUUUAUUCCAAGUUUAACUACUUUACUAUUGUCAGAUCAAUUAUCAACAAUACCAUUAGGAAUCCUAUACCCAAAGAAGAAAAGAUCCCUUUAUGCAUUAUUUAUAUUCGCUAAUACAACAAAUUUAUUAGAAUCAUUAAUUAAAUUACAUGGUAACAUUGCAUUGUAUCAUUUAAUUAAAUUCAUUAGCAAGAUAUCCGCCACAAAUUUAACAUUACAAAAGAUAUCAAUUAAAUUAUUAAAUCAUUUAUUUUUCCACAUUGGAUCAGAUUCAGUGAAACAGUUAUGUUUACAAAAUGAAUUAACUACACAAGCAUUGCACAAUUAUAUAACCAUAUGGAAUGAUGGUACGGAAACAUAUAAACUUUUCUUUGAAGAUUUAUUUGAAUUGGAACAACCCAAAGUAGAUACAAAUUCAACGUCAUUGACUACAUUAUUAUCCAAGAUUCCAAAUGUGGAAACCAUCAUUAAUUUGAACCAACAAAUUUCAAACAUUACAUACAAUGAUGACCAUUCACCCAUUCAACCAACACCUCGCAAAAUGUCAUCUCAAUUCUCAAUGGAAAAUGCCAUGCCUAUUUCAACUAAUAAUAAUAAUAUACCAUCCAAAUACGAUGCAUACUCAGCUUCAUCAUUUAUACCCUCUAAUAAACCAUACACUCCACCAAUAACAGCAUCAACUAUUAAUACAUCCACAAAUAAUAAUAACAACAAUAAUAAUAAUAACAACAACAGAUAUUUAUUUAAUAAUUCAAUGAUCAAUACCCCUCCAGUGACAACAAACAACACUAUUCCUAAUGACGGUGGAUUUAAUGGAUUGACGCCUACUCAUAUGAAUGAUAACAUCCCUUAUGUGAAUACCACCAAUACUCAAGAAGGCAAGAACGAUAAUAACUAUCCCUAUGGCAGUCCCUUCUCAACAAGAGGAGGUACUCAUCCAAUGUCCAACACCACUCCCAAGACACCUACUGUCUCAUCAAUGAUAACGACAUCAGCAUCCUCCAAUGCCACCUCGACUUUUAGCAAUCCAUGGAAUGAAUCUCCAGGGACAUUCACAUCAAAUAUGGUGGGUGGUAAAAUGGUAAAUACGGGGAAAAAUUAUAUACUGGGCGGACAUAGCAGAGUCAGAAAUAAUUCGAGAGCUCAGUCCAUUCACAUCGAUCAAUUUGAAAACGAUAAUACGUAA